AUGAAUCUGCAGCUAUCGUCGAAGCAGAGUUCAGCUACUUUUAACUGUCAUUUGUGUCCAAGCACCUCCAUAGGAUCAGCACAAGAAUAUUUUUGUCACAUCAAUAACCAUCUGAAGAACCAUGAGACUGUGAAUUGUGUGUUUCAAGGCUGUUCUUUCCAGACUAAUAUUUAUGGUACUUACAAGUCCCACAGAAGUAGAAAACACACCCCUUAUUCUCUUAAAGAUUUUAAAGUAGGCAUCAUAAACACUAGUGGAGCAGAACAUUUAGCAGAUGGUGACGUUGAUAAUUCAGCUCGAUGUGGUGAGUGUGAUGUCGAUUCAGAUAGUGAUAUAGAAACUGAAACAGAAGAACUGCAUUUAUUCAAGACUAUAGAACUGAAAUUAGGAUCUCUUUUACUAAAACUUGAAAACUAUUUCCAUGUUCCACGCACAGCAAUAGAUGAACUGCUCGCUGAAUUGCAUUAUUGGAUAGGAUCUGCGUCAGUGCCAAUAUCAAAUGAAGCAAUUGAAGAAACUCUCAGAAAUCACAAUGUCUCUGUUGACCAGACAGUGAUUAAAGAAUUGACUGCUGCAUUAUCUUCAUGUAACCCAUUGUUAAAAAGUAUAGCAAAGGAUGGUCCCCUCGCUACUGCUCAUAAACGCAGGAAGUAUUACAAAGAAAAAUUUGACAUUGUCGAUCCAGUAGAGUAUAUUCUUGACUCAAAAACAAAACAAACCUUCCAGUAUAUUCCUGUUCUUAAAACGUUAGAGCAGUUACUCAAAAAGAAAGAUAUUCUCAACAAAGUUGUUGAGAGUCACUCAGAUCAACAAUCGGUACAUGGGGAGUAUAGAUGUUAUCAAGAUGGUUGUCACUUCAAAAAUAAUGUGUUUCUCUCAGGUGAGGAAUUAAGACUGUCAUUGUACCUCUACAUAGAUGACUUUGAAAUUUGCAAUCCCUUAGGGACGCCACGAAAAAAACAUAAACUUUGUGGUGUUUAUUGGAUUUUAGGGAACUUGCUGCCAGUUUGUCAGUCAUCAUGAACUCAUUUUAUCUUGCAUUGCUUUGUAAAAGUGAAGAUGUGAGAACAUUUGGUUAUAAAAAAAUAUUUGAACCUUUCCUGCGUGAUAUUGUCACAUUAGAGCAACAGGGAAUUUUCAUUGGUCAUCUGGGAACAUUCAUCAGAGGUACUGUUGUGUGUGUCGUGGCCGACAACCUUGGAGCGCAUGGAUUAGCUGGGUUCGUGGAGAGUUUUUCUGGAGAUUUUGUCUGUCGGUUUUGUACUGCUACACGCAGUGAAAUUCAGUCACAGGAGGUCAAAGAGGGUGGCUUCAGUCUCAGAACGAAAGAACUACAUUGUGCACACGUAGCAAGUGCACGUGAACAAGGUAAACCCUGUUUUGGAGUCAAACCUACAUGUGCUUUAACUGAGAGCCUUUCAUUUUUUGAGGUUACAGCAGGUUUCCCCCCAGAUCGGGCACAUGGCCUUUUUGAGGAGAUAGUACCCGUUGAACUUGCUGAAUGCUUUGGAUUGCUUUUAGCUAAGAAGUACUUCACUUUUGACUGUUGAAAUGAUUUAAUUCAGGCUUUCCCAUACAAAUGGGGGGAUAAAAAAAAUCGGCCUCAGUUAUUGCCGCGUGCUUUCCACAUUAAGAGAAAUAUUGGUGGAAACUCGCACGAAAAUUGGUGUUUGUUAAGGCUAAUACCCCUGAUUGUUGGAAAAUUAAUUCCAGAAGACGAACCAGCUUGGCAGCUAAUAUUAGAUUUGAAGGAUAUUGUUGGUCUUGUUGUUUGCCCUGUACAUACGAAUGAGUCAACUGCAUACUUGGAGACUAAAAUAUCUGAGCACAGAUACCGGUAUUGCACACUCUUCCCUGAAAGAAAACUGCUACCAAAGCACCACUACCUGGAACAUUAUCCAGCACUAGUCCUUCUCUUUGGUCCACUCGUUUCUUUCUGGACUCUGAGGUUUGAAUCAAAGCACAGUUAUUUUAAACCAGUUGUGAGGCAUACCAACUGUUUUAAAAACAUAACACUGUCUUUGGCCACGGAACAUCAGCUCAUGAUUGCCCAUAGUUUGUUUUCAUCAAGCUGUGAAAAAAACUUUCUCGAGGUUGCAGGAGUCUCAACGGUUCCUCUUGAUGUCCUUAAAGAGGAAGUAGCAGAUGGCCUCCGUCAGAAGUACCCUGAUCUCAGUGUUGUUAAUCUGGCACAGAAUGUAUCUGUUGAUGGCAUCAGCUUCAGAAGUGGCAUGAUAAUAGUGCAUGGGUUUGUUGGUGGACUGCCAGACUUUGCCGAAGUUGUGCAGAUGUGUUUUGAAAGACCAACUUGUCUUCAUAGCAAAAAAAUGAAGCUCAUGGUACAGAGAGCACUACAGAUCCUUCGAGUUGGAUCCUUCUCCAAGAGAUGUGUGAUUGCCCACAGUCAGCUUGUGGAUCGUUGCCCCCUCUGUGAUUACAAAGUUGGCACUUUACGGAUGGUGACUUUGAAACGAUACAUACAUUCUUCAGAAUAAGAGUCGCAGGUGCACACAAUGUCUACUCCAGCAAAGCUUGGGAUUGUUCUCGGAGAAGAUAACUGUGUGAAGCUGACUUUGUCUUCUGGAAUACCGGACUCUGUGGACAGUCUUACAUUUGAAAUUCAGAAACAGUGUGGAAUUGAAGGACAGUUCAGACUGCAGUACAUGGACAGUGACUUCGACCAGUUUAUGAACCUGACUUCAACAGCAGAUAUCCAAGACAAAGGGACAUUAAAAGUAAUUCUACUGAAUGAUCAGUCAACACAGGCCUCCAGUCAGCAGAUGGAUGAUUCCUGUGUCGACACUGAUAUACUUUCAUCCUCUGAGUCAGCUGGGUCUCCAGCCUCAUCUCUAAGGCAUCAAGGCUGGCCAAGCAACUUCCCUAUUCCUCCGUUCUCUUACGAAGCAGAGAUGCAGCUGUCAAAGGCAAACCAGGAAUUCCUUGCUGAAGGCAAGCGGCUGAACCCAAGCUCCAAAGUCAGGUCAGACAUUCUGCAGGCCUUGGCUUCUGAAAUAAUGAAGUACACAACAGGAUACCCUACCUCUGCACAAUUAGACGAUGUUGCAGGAGCUUUGAUCCUUAAACAUCCAUGCUUAAAGGAACAGGGAUCUGUUACUGGAUACUACGGUUGGAAAAUAAGCUUGAAGUACAAAAUGGGCAACUUCUGUACGAAGCUGAGGAGCUUGGGAUGCCCAGAAAUGACCAUCAACUCCAUGAAAAACAGACAGCCUGGUAGCUCCUCAAGUCCGAACCAAGUGAAGAAACCCAGGAGAGCCGAGGUCAAUUUCUGCCCUCUUUACCCAGCUGGAGAAGACAUAGAGUCUUGAGAAGGAGCGAGUGGAACUGCUAUCUGAGGUCAAGAAAAGGAACAAUCGUCAGGUGAUAAAAGAGAAAAUGGUGAAAACCUUUGCUCAUCAGUGGCAUGAAGUGGUUCAAGACAUGCCCUUCAUCGCAGAAUUCAAAAGUAGAUGGCCGGCUCUCUUUAUGGAAGAUGAG